AGUUGAGGUGACUUGGUGAAAAUGAUCUGAGAUAUUCAGUUUUUGAUAAAAAUUGCAAUUUUAGACAGUAAAAUUAUGGUUUGUUUGUAAAGUCAUGUAUAUAGUGUUUGAAAAUGAAAAAUCAAUUAUAGUCCGCGUGUUAAUAUUAUUUAGUAAAAUUUUAUUUUAAAUUCUGCACCUAACCCGACUCCAAUAUGUGGGUUUUCGGCUACGGUUCUUUAGUGUGGAAAGCGGACUUUAAAUAUGAAUUAAAGUUGGUGGGAUACAUAAAAGGUUAUCUUCGGAGAUUUUAUCAACACAGCAUUGACCAUAGAGGAUUGCCUCACAAGCCUGGACGAGUAGUGACAUUAAUACCGAGUGAAGAUUCCAGCACAGUAUGGGGUGUAGCUUAUAAAAUAAGGACUGAAGAUAUAGAACAAGUAACAAAACAUCUAGACUUCCGAGAGAAGAAUGGGUAUUCAAAACAAACUGUAACAUUCUAUCCUAAAGAUACAAAGCAUGAGCCCUUUGACUUGACACUCUAUGUGGCUACAGAGGAAAAUGAUUCUUAUGCUGGUCCAGCCACAAUAGAAGACAUAGCAAAGCAAGUAAUCAGCUGUACAGGCCCCAGCGGUUCUAACAAGGAGUAUGUUUACAAACUAGCAGAGGCCAUGCGGCAGUUAGCACCUAAUAUACAGGACGAACAUCUGUUUGCACUGGAAUCAGCUGUUAAAGUUCUGGAUCCUGAUUUAAAGAAGAGUUGAAGUGAGAAAUACAAUGCAAAUAUAUGGACAAGAUUUCUGUAUGGUGAUCUGCUUGUUGCAUUAUGCUGCAUAAUUUAAUAAGCAAAAUGGUGCUUGCUUUACUAUUAGGUUACUAUAUGCUGUUAGUCUUCCUUCUAGUAUAUUUCUUUAUAGAAUUUGUCUAUAAUAUAUAUAAAAAUGUUUUACUAAACUCACAAAACGAUUGUGUAUUGCAUAAAUUUACCUUUGCAAAGAUGUCAUCUAAGUAAAUCAUAUAAUUCAAUAGGAUUGUCAAUAUUGUAGACAAAUUCCAUUGAAAUUGUACUUAAAAUCAUUCCAAUGCAUUGUAAUUGGCUUCACACUAUUUCUUAUCUGUAUAUGCAUUCUCUAAGCCUAGUAAUUACUCUACAUUAAUGACAUGUACUUAAUAAUUUUGGUCUUAAACGGACAUUACUCCCAAAAAUGAUUCUAGAAAUUGUCAAUUAUGAUAGAAUCUUGAUAGCUUAAGAAACAAAUUUGAAAAUAGUUAAUAGAAUUGUCCAAGAUUUUUACAAUACUAUAUUGUAAUAUUAGAAUCUGGAGUGAUUUUGAUUAAAAUGAAUAGAACUAUUACUUCAGAAAUACUUUUACAAAGAUUUCAUAAAACAACCAACCGGUAAAACUGUCAUUGACCAUCUGCCUUGGUCUGUUAAAGGGUCAAUGUUUUUUUAGCAAACAAUUUCAUAAAUACCUUCACGAAAAUAUUUUUAUCCUAACGGUAAUAUAAUCAGGAAAGCAAAACAUCAUAUAAUAUAAAUUCUCUACUUAAUUGUUAGUAAUCUUGUAUUUAGUACAAUUAUUGACGAUUUUAACGAAAGAUAUUAAAAAAGAGUGCUUUUUUCAAAAUUUGCAAUUUUGCCUUUUGAUAUACAUUAUUUUUCAAAAAUUGUGUUAAUUCAUGUUACAAAACAAAUUAUGCAGUUAUAUCAGUUUUGUUUUAACCAUUAUAGUAAUUUCGUCGUAGUAGUUAGGAAUAGCACAAACUACCCAGGUGAAGGUUGCUGGUUCAAAACCCAAGGCUCAUACCUCAGACUUUUAGGAUGUAUGUGAAGUCUGUCAACCUGCACUGUCAGCGUGGUGGAUUAAGGCUUGCAAACCUCAUUAGUAGAGGAAGUCCAUGCUACCUCAGACAGUACACAGGGUCAUUUUGUCAUUGCGUUAAUAAAUAAAACCACAUACUCGUUGUGACCUCUGCUAAUAUUGUGCCCAAAACCAUCUAUGAAUGACGAAUAUUUUCACCAAAAAUCCCGGUUUUAGUUUUCUGAUUUUUUUUUAUCAUUUUGUAAUUUAGUGUUAAUGUGGUGUAUGCGAUAUUGUAUUUCUAACUGAAAGUGUGGUGUUGGCGCUUCGAAGAAUUCUCUUAGAAGUAGUAGUAGUAGUGAAACUAGGGUGUGUAAAAUAAAAUUACUUUUUAUUGAUACCUUUGUUCGGUACUUACAUUUUUUUUUAUUUUACGCCUUCAGCUCGAGUAACUUUUUAAAAAGAAUUAAAAUAAGUAUGUGUUGUCAUUAAGUAACGCAAUAUCAAAAUAACUCUAUAUAAGUUGGUAUUAUUAUUUAUAGUAAAUUCCUUAGUUGAAUGAUUAUAUACAGUUUGAAGACUUGAAAAUUACAGUACAACUGUAAAAGCACUUAUUAUUGUUAUAUUAUAUUAUUUACAUAAUUAAGCAACAAAUAAUCAUCCCAGAUUAUGGCUGUAUUACUCCUAUUUGUAAGUGAGAGCUACUAGCACCAAAGAAGUAUAGCUAAUUUUACAUUUGAUGAAAAUAUCGAACUAAAAGUUCAAGACAGAAUCAUAUUCUCAUCUAUUUAUGUGCAAUGAUUUUGUCAGUGAGAUACUUCGACUGCCUACCAAACCUUCCGUCAUAGUAACAGUCUAAAUUAAUAAUAUCUAGAUGUCGAAAGCAAACCAAUAAAAAUGUAAAAUGUGAGCAUAACGGUCCAACUUUAUUCAGAUUGGUUUGUUUUGGUGAUCGCGUUUAAGACUGUGGAAUAAUUUCGGGCGUUAGUGUCUUUAAACAAGCCUUGUUAUUAUUGAUUCCAAUUCUGAAAAAGAAAAUGAAGCCGCGUUUCUAUUACGCAAGUUACGCAGGUAUGACGUCACUUGCGUGUAAGUUCAUAACUCUGCAUUAAUGCAUCUUGGAUGCUUUGUUCGUUUCCACGGCUUGAGCUAUGUGUAACUGGCGUCUUGCGUGUAGGCUAGUUGCAUAAUGGAAACGUGGUUUAUAUUUUUUAUAUGGGUACGCCAAAGUAACCCCACGGCACCUGAUAGUAAGUAGAGUGGGGUACAAUAGAAUGUCGACUGACGAGAAAUGAUUACCCCUCGGCAGCCGACACAAUUAUGCCGGCUUG